AUGCUGACUGAACAAAGGAGGCAGAUAGAUUGGACUCUGAGGAAGAUGUGCUGUGCUGCAUACCACUGUCUUAUCUUUGCAGUGCUUUUGAUUUACUGGCCACUGGGGAUUUCUGGCCAAAACUUGCAUGAACAGGAUGGUGUAUGCAAUGCUGAGGGAUGCUACUCCAUUCACCUCCAACGCAAGACUUUUCGCGAGUCUUGGAGGAGCUGCAAGGAGAAAGGGGGCAACCUGGCUACAGUGAAGCGACCAGAAGAGGCAACACUGAUCCACGAGCUGCUCUCUGCUGGAGAACGACAAGGUCCCAGACCCAGACUUAGGCUGUGGAUUGGUCUCCAGCGACAGCCUCGCCAGUGCUCUGCCACUCGUCCCCUGAGGGGCUUCACCUGGAUCACAGGGGACCAGGACACGCAGUACACCAACUGGCAACGUGAUGACUUGCCCAGUGCCUGUACUGCACCUCGCUGUGUGGUAAUUACUUACAACACUGCAGACAAAAGCAACAGUGACCAGAGCAACUUCAAGUGGUUAGAUGGUUCUUGCAUGCUGGCUGUGGAUGGUUUCUUGUGCCGCUACACUUAUCGAGGGAUGUGUCCAGCCCUGAAGAAUGAAGGCAGAGGCCCUGCGCUCUACACCACCCCCUUCAACCUGCUCAGCACCCUGCUCACCCAUAUCCCUUUUGGCUCUGUGGCCACUCUGCCUUGUCCAGAAAGUACCAAAGGAGACCAGUCUGUGCUCUGCAUGCUACAUGAGGAUGGAAGUGUUGGAUGGUCCAAGGAUGCACCUCUCUGCUCUGAUGCUCUGAAAGAUUGGUGUGAGCAGGACAAUGGAGGCUGCGAGCACUACUGUGUAAAUGAAGGUUCUGAUUAUCACUGUGAGUGCUCAGAAAAUUUCAACCUAGGGGAGGAUGGGCAGAGCUGCCUGCCUUUGGACCCGUGCCACAGUGCAGACUGUGAGUUUGACUGUGAACCCAGCUCUGGAGGGUACCGCUGCAAGUGUCCAGAGGGGUACCUCCUGUCACAGGAUGGUCAAAACUGCCUUGAUAUUGAUGAGUGCUCCCAAAAUCCGUGUCCCCAGAUCUGCAUCAAUGCGCCUGGAACAUUUGAAUGUCGCUGCCAUGAGGGCUACCAGCUGUCUGAGUUUGGAGAGUGUUUGGAUGUGGAUGAAUGUAAGGAAGACAGUUGCGAGCAGUCCUGCGAGAACUCCCCUGGAUCCUACACAUGUUUAUGCUAUGAAGGGUUUUCUCCUCUGCCUGAGGAUCCAGACCGUUGUGAAGAUAUCGAUGAGUGCCAAAUUCCAGGCACUUGUGAACAGAUAUGUAAAAAUUACAUGGGAGGAUUUGAGUGUCACUGCAAGGCAGGCUUCGAGUUGCACCAGGACCAGUAUAAAUGCAUACUCGCUGAUAAAGAAGCUGGGCACUACACAACUGUUAAACCAGCUGAUCCAACAUCCCUCCCUUGGGAUGACACUAGCUACAUGACUGAUGUGACAGAUGCCAGCACUCUGGAAUGGCUUACUGAUCCACCAAGCAUGGAGUGGCUUCCUAAAGAUUUGGGCUGGAUUACAGACAUACCGGAGGAGAACCAUAUUACCUCACAGGAACCUGGGUGGACAGAGAAGACCACCUAUUCUCCAACAUCAAAUGCUAUGACCUCAAGUACACCUGCUAGUUUGAAUAUUGACAAUGAAAACAAUUUCUGGUCCGAUGACAGGAUAUCAGCAGCCAUUGAUGAGAUAGUGAAAGGUGACCACAGGAUAUCAACUGCAUCAUCACUUGCACCGAAGUACAAAGGACAUUCUGAUAGGACCACUCCAUCAACAUCCCAAAUGCUUGAGAGUAGUUUGCCAUCUGCUGCCAGCCCAGAGCAACUUCCAGGUGGCAAGAAAAAGCAGGAUAGAAGCUGGCUGCUAGUGGCACUAUUAGUGCCUCUUUGUGUCUUUAUUGUGGUAAUGCUAGCACUAGGCAUUGUGUACUGCACAAGCUGUGCUGUUGAGCCACGUAACAAGAGUGUGACAGACUGUUACAGCUGGACCACCAACUCUAAACCUGCAAAAUCAAAUUCUGCAAAAUCUCAAGCCUGA